CGAACGCCGCCAUCGACAGAUCUUGCUUACCAAGCAAGAUCACAGGAGCAAGAUCUUUGAUUUUCCAAUAUACAGCGAACGAACCAGAUGCGGCUGAGGCAUGCAGUAUACUUACUCAGCGCUUCAAUACUCGCAUCAGCGCUCCGCGCGAAGCCUUUGAUUCCGUGCGGAUUGUCGACUGGAGCACGCCGCGCGGCGCACUCGCGUCUUUCGUUGACGGAUGGCAGCAUUGAUGACGGCGUGACUUUCGACGAGGUGGGUGGAUGCAGAUCGACGCGCCAUUGUGUGUGUGAUACCUGCCUGUCUGCAGCUGGUGGACCGCCAGCUCAGUCACAUCAAAAGGAACACGGCCGGGCCACCACGCAAGGCAGCCGCAGAGGAGCCGCUUGGUGUGCCGGAAGAUGCUGCGGGGCAGCCAUGCAUCCUCACCAGAGACGUACGCACAUCGACUGACUGCGGCUGCCACGGCAGAGGUGUCAUCUUCUCACUCACUGUUCUGUGUCAUUCCAUCAGACCCCAGGGCUUGACUAUCGCUAUCAGGGUGCAGACUGGAUCUGCGGCUCGUGCGCCUCCCGAGUGCGACAGAGCCCGAUCAGCUUCCCUCCUACGGCACCCGCUUCCCCCUUCUCUUUCAAAUACGGCUUUCGUGGCCCUGGGCCGGUCGUCUUGCGCAACACUGGAUUCUCGAUCGAGGUGCGGCGAAAGGAAACCAGAACCGACGCCAUUCCGAUAUCAUUCGAGGAUCUACCUGGCGGUGCGCCAGUCGCCAAAGGCGCCAAGCGUGCUACGGAUGACACGGAGGUGCCGCCACCCGCGCCCAGCUCCCGCCUGACGCCCUGUGCUCAAGUGGCGGCCGACCUGCAGGUGACAGAGAGAGACGAGAGGGAUUCACUCGCAAGCCAAGCUGGGUGUGGUGUUUGUCGUGCUCGAACAGCUGAUGGGCGGCAAGUUCGCGCUUGACAAUAUUCACUUUCACGGCCCUGCGGAGCAUCUGUUCGAGGGCGAGCGCCACGCCCUCGAGAUGCAUGUGGUGUCCCAGCUGGUCCGCCCCGACCCGACAGCUGUCAUCCAGCCCCACUACUGUGUCCUGGCCUUCACGUUCAUUGUGGGCGAGUCCAAUUCUUUCCUGGAGGAGAUCAUCAAGAGGGGCGUUCCCGGUGUCGGUGGCUCACUGACCUUCGUCCCCUCAGCCGAUGGAUUCGACAUCGACCGGCUGGUUCGGGAGAAGGGCAGGGACGGGUUCUAUUACUAUCCUGGAUCGCUGACUGUGCCGCCCUGUUUGGAGGCAGUUGAGUGGCUUGUCGCGCGGAAGCCGAUUGAGGCGUCGGCGAGUCAGCUGGCGGUGUUCCUGAGUGAGUUCACGACGAACGGCAGGGGGAACUAUCGGGUAGUGCAGAACACCAAGAACUCCAUGUUGAGUCAGCUGUGUGUGAUGGAGGGCAAGCCCACAAAGAGGAGGGGUGUGCUGCAGCGGCUGGGCAUCAGAAGACCAUGAGAUAGAUGUCAUCCAUCCAUCCAUCCACUGCAUGGGUGUGGUAUUUUGCUUGGUACACAUGUAUAGCUCAUCUGCAGCGCAUGGGUAUGUAUAUUGUGGCAGUCUGUCUGUCUGUCUGUGUGUAUGUAUCUGUGAGUAUGUAUGUAUCAUCGCAGGGCUCGCUGUUGUCUCUUUGCACAUACAUCUUUCUGACCUGCCUAAGUGUGCCGUGGGUAUAUAUAUAGUGUCUGCGUGUCUGUCCGUCCGUCUGUUUCAGUGCAUGUUUGGCCACUGACCCGCUGGUAUGACCAAUCAAUGGACAUUUGUUGCUUGAAGCGCUUGCAGCAUCCGCCAAUGCGAGCCAGCCAUCUGUCCCACGUAUGUAAUGUGCGUGUUGAGAUCGAUAGCUCGGCAGGCAGGCAGACUUGCAC